GGAUGCAAUCCUUUGAAUGGCAUCAGAACACAUUUGUGAUCAAAACAAACACAACCAAUCCAAACAAACCCCAUUUUUCAACAAUGAAAACCUUUGUCGUACUUUUCGCCGUGGUCGCUGUUGCUUUGGCUGCACCACAAAGUCAAGAUCAAUCCGCCGAAACUCUUAGAUUCGAUUCGGCAGUCAACCCAGAAUCAUACAAUUAUGCAUAUGAAACCUCCAACCAAAUCAAAGCCAGCGAAAGCGGUCAGAUAAAACAAGUUGGAUCGGAGUCUGCUAUCACCGCUCAAGGUGAAUACUCAUACAUUGCACCAGAUGGUACCCCAGUUAAGUUGUCAUACAUUGCCGAUGAAAAUGGUUUCCAACCACAAAGUGAACUCCUUCCAGUGGCUCCAGCAAUCCCAGAACAGAUUCAACGUGCUCUCGAAUACAUCGCAGCACAUCCACAACCACAACAAAAAUAAAUCAAUUAAUCGAUUCAGCCCAAUUGAAAACGAAAGCAACGAAACAAUUUUGCUUUCAUAAUGAUCGUUGAUCUUUUGGAGAAUAGCUUUGAUUUUGUAUUUGCAAUGCAUUUUUUUUCUGAUUUGAUUGAAGAGAACGAACAAUAAUUUAGAUAAAACGUCAGAUGGUUAAUUUUAUGCAUCAGUUAUUAUACGAAAUUUUGUGAUUUAUAUGAACAUUAUCAUUUGAUGUCACACCAUUUUGAAAAAAUGUAACUAUAAACAACAUUGCCAAUCUUGUCUAUAAACCUUUUCAAAUCAUUUCAAUAAAAUUAUCUUCGGAAACGAAGACGCAAAAACAACAACAAAACAAAA